CGAGCAGCGUUGGAUUGUGGGUAUCUUGUGUUUCCUGAUUGACUCUGACAGUCAGCUGUUGCAGAAAAGUUUUGCCGUAGCUUCAUAUUUUUCUGUAAAUCGCACUAAUAACGUCACUGGGAUAUUGUUUCCUGUCUGUGUGACUCCAUCGAGACAAAAACAAUCUAUUUGAAAACCGGAUUUAGAUUUUACAACUACUGGUGACUUCUUCACAACAACUUUCGGAAUGAGUUUGAACGAGCACUCCUUACAAGCUCUGUCAUGGAGAAAACUGUACUUGAGCCGAGCCAAAUUAAAAGCAACAAGCCGCACUUCAGCUCUGUUGUCAGGAUUCGCUAUGGUUGCCAUGGUGGAGGUCCAGCUGGAGCGGGAUCAUGAGUAUCCUCCAGGGCUGCUCAUCGCCUUCAGUGCCUGCACCACCGUUCUGGUUGCAGUCCAUCUGUUCGCCCUCAUGAUCAGCACCUGCAUUCUCCCCAACCUGGAGGCCGUCAGCAACGUCCACAACCUCAACUCAGUCAACGAGUCCCCCCAUGAGCGCAUGCACCGCCACAUAGAGCUGGCCUGGGCCUUCUCCACGGUCAUCGGUACCCUGCUGUUCCUGACUGAAGUCAUGCUCCUGUGCUGGGUCAAGUUCUUACCACUCAAAAGCAAUACUGAUGAAAAAAAUGGCACUAUAAGCUCCGGUGAGGCGGCGGCCAUUGCUUCCACCUGCAUCAUGGUGCCUUUUGGAAUUGUUUUUAUUGUGUUUGCCGUCCAUUUCUACCGUACGCUUGUCAGUCAUAAAACUGACCGGCAGAUCCGGGAGCUUGAGCAGGUCAUCCGGCUACAGAAUCAGCUCGACCACAGGGCUGAGAAUGAUGACCUAAAGGCCGCUGUCCAUUUCCCCUGAUUUCAGCCUCUGUUCAUGCAGCAGCAAUGGACAUUUAGUGUGCGUUUAUGUUGAAACCCUGUUUUGCAGAAGUUCCUUUUAAAGCUUCUGAACUGUGCUCAAAUGCUUCUACUUAAGUAUGUAUAAAUUUCCUCUCUUAAGCAUGUUUUGAUUCACCCUUUUCUUGGGAAAUAUGUCCACAGCUUUCUGUUGUGUAUAUUACGACAGUACUUUUAGUUUGUAGGUGAAUCCUUAGCUCUCAGGCCUUUCAGUGGUAUGCAAAGCAACAUAUCAAAUUAAAUUGUAGCCUUAUAAUUUUGGGUGCUGACAGUAUAUUGAAGUUGAUGUCCUUAUUAGAAUAUGCAUCAUCAAUGCCAAAACCUCAGUUUUUCUGUAGAUGAAGGCUUUUAUUUAUGUAUUUUAGCUGUUCAGCAUCCACUUGUCUUUCUCUCCUCACAGGUUGAGUAACAGGUGGAUUGCACUGACUUCUGUUCUCUAUUGUGGCUGGCUUUAAAUUAGGUUCAUUAAUUAUCAAUGCCUGCCCCAUUUGAGGAUUAGUUUGGGAAUUCUUACUUCAUUAUUCAUUUCCAAGGGGUGUUUCUAAAAGCAGGAUGCAACUGGAUAAGAACAGAACAAUGAAAUGUGUCAGUAGUGUCUUGGCAGUAGUAUUGUAUGCAUACUUUUAUUAUCCAUAAAGGUUUUGAGUGUAGUGCAAAAUAUGCUGUCCAAAGGGUUGCUCCACAUUACUGGUAGUUUUGGAAUGAAACUGUUUUAUAUAAUGAGUUAUGAGUGGUUGUUUUACUGACAGCUCAAUCUAGGCUGUGGCAUUCUGGUUCCAUCUGCACUGAUGUACAUAUUCAAGAUGUUGAAGAUUGAAAACCAUCAUCCUUGUCCUGUUAAUAUACAUGUUGUCAAUCUCAUUUUACAACCAAAAAGACUUGUUCUACAUCCAAAGUUAGAUUUUAUUCCUUUUCAACACUUCUCUUGGCUUUAAUGCUUCUUUAUUUCAUAUAUGUCCAUAUAAUUAAUGGACUAAACGGUUGCUUGUAGAAACCCAACAUUUGAGGAUCUUCAGUCAGAUUUUCAGAUUUAUAUAAUCCUCAUUAUGAAUGGUUUCUUUAGCAAAGGAUAACAACAUAUUCACUGGGAGGGAAACUUUAACCAGUUAUUAGUGAAAUAAGUAUUUACUGUAUGGUCUGUAGCAACAUCCUAAACAAACACUGACAGUCAGGUAAAGCUUCAAACCAAAGUGUGACAUCAUAGAGCACAUGUUAUUAUAAUAAGGUUUUGAUGAGACCCAAAGUGAGUAAUAAUGGGCAGUGUUUUGAAUGUGAUGGUUUUCAGUCUGUUGUGAAAUCCCCCCUGUGUAAAAAGGUUAGAAAUUAGACUUCAUGAUGCUUCAGCAAGAUUAAUGGACUGUGUCCUACGAACAGAGAUAGUACUUUUACUGCAAGAGGUAUUUGAGAAUGUAUUACUAGGAAGCAUGUGUUUCUUGAAGAUGCUGUGUAAUAGUUUUUUAUAUUUUUUACUCUUCAUAGUUUACAAGAUAAUGCAUGUUCACAUAUUGUUGAGACAUACACGAUUUGAGGAAUACUGUAUAUGACUAGUGUUUGUUUUUUGUUCUGUGGUAUAUUGCAGAAGUUUUUUUUGGUUUAUUUUUCUUACUUUUCUUUAUUUUCUUUAAUGGUAGAAAACUCAGGUUCAAAGUUUGAUUUGUUCAAAUUUUUCAAGGCUAAUGAGUCAUGAUUGACAGCAAUUUUCUCAGAGGAUCUUGAAAGUGUUUUCUAUAAUUUUUAUCCCUGAAAAACACAUUGAUUUACCAAAAUGUUUUAAAAUAUAUUUAAAAUAGGCUUUUGCCUGACAAAUAUGCAGAACAACCCUUUAAUGUGAUGAACAUAAGUUGCAAAUUUGUAUUAUGUAUUAUUAUAUACUGUGUUAAAUACUGUUCUGUCUCUUACACCUACACAUGGCUUUAAUGAGUCAUGGUUUUUGUAGACCACGAGAUCCCCAAAUCUGCAUCCAAAUUGUCCAGAUCAGGUGAUAAUAUCUCUGUGACAAGUAGCAGAGGACAAACAGCUGUACCUGGUGCAGACAGUACAGUCUUUGUGUUUGAACUUUACAGUUCUGUAGGUCUUUUUUUUAUAAGUAAACUGAGAUGAGAUAAAAUCAGUUACAUUCAGGUCGACUGUACCUACUCCUGUUACAACUUCCACUUGUAAUGCAAAUAUUCUCACACAACCAUAGGUGUGUUUAGUUAAUUUUGUAUUUUAUUUAUUUUACCCUGUUUAUUUUACUGUACUGGUACUUCACCGCUUGUAUUAAAGCACAGUUUUACAACCAA